AUGGUGGCUCCCACUGGUUGUUCGUCGGCCUUCCGGGUCAAGACUUCCUACAAGCGUCUGGGAUCCAUUCUCACUCUCGACUUGAAGCUCUUUUCUUCCGCCACCAUUACUUCUAGGCCUUUGGAUGCCCAGCGAUUAGCAGAGAGGCUUCGUGCCCAGAAAGGGGAUCAAAAGAAAGUGCCGGUGUCUACAAACCCUGUUCAGCGGAGGGUGAGCGAGCUGGUGCGGUUCACACGACAGCUGCAGCAAGUCCAUCCCAACGUGCUUGCUAAGGCCCUGCGCCGAGGGAUUCUCCACCAGGACAAGGACCUAGUGAUUGUCAACAAGCCCUACGGUGUACCUGUGCAUGGUGGCCCUGGUGUUCAGCUCUGUAUCAGUGAUGUACUGCCCAUCUUGGCAAAGAUGCUGCAUGGCCAGAAGGCAGAGCCCCUACAUCUGUGUCACCGGGCUAUCACUGUGCGUGUUCCUGUGCAUUCAGCAGGAGUUGUUGACAUUCCCAUCCUGGAGAAGGAGGUGCAAGGGCAGCAGCACCACUACAAGAUGACGCUGGCCCCACGCUACCUCAUGGACAAUGGGAAAAUCGUGAAAGUGCAUGGCACUCGGAAUGCACUUGUUGCUCUGACUCAGUACCAGGUGCUAAGCAGUACUUUCUCCUCCGCACUAUUGGAACUCCUUCCUGUUACUGGAGUAAAACAUCAGCUUCGAGUUCACCUGUCUUUUGGUUUAGAUUGUCCAGUCCUUGGUGACCACAAGUACUCAGACUGGAAUAGAUUGGCCCCCCAGAAAUUGUCUCUUAGCAUCCUAAAGAAGCUGGGGCUAAAACAGUCGAAAGCCCGACAUAUCCCUCUUCACCUGCAUGCCCGGCAAUUGAUCCUGCCUGCCUUGGGGUCCAGAAAGGAGGACCUCAACUUGAUCUGCAAGCUUCCUCACUUCUUUGUGCAGUCCUUACACUGCUUGGGUUUAGAGAUGCCCUGUAAAACAAGAGAUGAUGAAACAGGACACCUUGGAGCAUGA